AUGGAAAGGUGGAAGAGUCACGUGCGCACUAGACUGUUCCAGAGAGAUUGUACACAAAAGGACCCCUUCAGUGGUAUCUUCAACACUUGUAAGUUGUCGGAGUUCUCUGUGUAUUGAUGACAUUUGAAUCAUUAGUUGUUUGUCAACAUAUUUGCCAACAUAUUGUGAUUCUCCUUUCAGUGUCCAAGCUAGCAGAGCAGCUUGACUUACGGGAUACACUUUGGGAUGAGUUACAGAGACCCAGGUAGGAGGGCAAUGGCAACACCUAGAGAAGAUGCUGAAUUUUGCAAAUGUGUUGCAAUCCAUUUAAUGCAAACAAUGUAACAUUGAUUUGGAAAGAUCAAUUUAUCUACAAUUCAAUUCAUUUUUGAUUUGAAGACUAUUCUCUAACCAUAUGUCAAUAUUUUCCACAGUUCUGAAGGAGAUGGUGGGCUGAUGGUUGACCACAGAGAACUACACCUCCAGCUCAGAGAGAGUGAACAUAUAACAGAAAAGGUGACUUUCAGUUAUAUUACUGGAUCCAGUCACACUUUUCAAGAUUAUUGUGCACUUUUCCACAGGUUGUGAAAAGGGAGUUGUGUGUGAUGCUGCUACAUUAAGGAUCUACGUCAUCCUGUCAGUUGGAUUCUCUGAUGUCUUGUGCUGCUUCGGGCAACCCCAGUCCUUACAUAGAUUACUCACAUAGUGGCCUUGUACACAAGUGAGUGAUUGUUUAUCUUAUUUUUGACCUGCUCUUACUAGUACAAUCUUCUCCUUUUGUCCUCUUCUUCAUCCCCAGCUCUCUCAGACAGUCUCUGACCUGACCACAGUCCUGUACCUGAAAGACGCUGAGCUUCAAUACUGCCACUCACAGUAAGUGAUCAAUCAAUGAGAUCUGUUUAUACAUUAAUGUUAUGGUACAGUAGUCUAUAUGGUUUAAUAAUGCAUCCAUGAAAUGUUAUACAAAGAUGAGAGGCAUGAAACUGAGGCAUCAUAAGUUGUGAGCUUGUCUAAUGUCUUGUCUGAUAUAAGCUUACAUAGACCCAUGUCACCAUCUUCUAUAAGAGUCUCCCGCUAUCGGAAGGAAGCUGUCACUCAAGCCAGGGGGGCCAAUGUUCUGCAGGCCAGCCUAUCAGAGUUUGAGUUUGCAUUGGAGAGCCAAUCAAAGGAGUUGGCAGCCCUGCGGUUGGAGCAGCGGGAGCUGAGGGAGGGGCUUGCAGCGGCCUGGAGAGAGAAAGAAGAGCUUCUGGAGCGAUGGAUGGAUGAGAAGAAGGAGGAGGCGGAGAGGGUGAACAGGCACAAUGACACACAGGAAAGGUGA